CUACUGCAGCAGUGCUGGUGCCGCCUCGGGAACAAUUUUUUCGUUUCGCACUUUUUUGCUUUCCAAUUUCAUCUCUCUCUCUCCGGUGCCAUUAUUUGGGAUUUUUGGCUAAAGGGAGAUGGACCCUCCGAGCUAGGACUAGGGUUUUAGGCCCUUGUUGGAGGGUUUCUCAUUUCUGAGCAGUAGUUUGUUGUGGACGAUCAGAACGCAACAGGCACUCUCCGUGCAUCCAUGGCAAGGGGGAAACUGAUUGUUAUUUGUCAGUCUGGCGGAAAAUUCACUCCCAAUAGCGAUGGUUCCUUGUCCUACUGUGGGGGAGAUGCUCAUGCAAUGAGUGUCAACACUGAAACCCGGUUCGGGGAGCUUAAGUCGGAAAUAGCUGAAAUGUGGAAGUAUGACUCCAAUUCAAUGGCUAUUAAGUACUUCCUUCCGAACAACAAACGCACUCUUAUCACAAUAUCCAGUGACAAGGACAUACAACGCAUGAUCGAUUUUCAUGAAGAUUCAGCAACUGUUGAUGUUUAUGUCAUGACAGGAGAUUUUGUAGUACAUGAAACCUCAAAUGUCUCUUGCAGCAGGUCCAGCAGAACAACGGUUGUUGAACCUGUUACAACUGUUGAAGCCCCAAUGAAUGCAGUUGAAGAUGGUGAAGAUGUUGGCCAACAGAAGCUUACAAGAUUGUGGGAGAACAGCAUCACUGGUUUGCACCAACAGUUUAAUAGUGUCAAUGAUUUCCGUGAUGCUUUACGCAAGUAUUCCAUUGCACAUGGUUUUGCCUACAUGUUUAAAAACAAUGACAGUAGACGUGUAAGUGCCAAAUGCAAAGCUGAGGGCUGUCCAUGGAGGGUUCAUGCAUCAAAAUUGUCUACAACACAGUUAUUCAGAAUUAAGAAGAUGAAUGCAACACAUACAUGUGGAGCAGGCACUGGCACAACUAAUCGUUCACAGGCUACAAAGAAAUUGGUGGCAAGUAUAGUAAAGGAUAAGCUGCGAGAUUCCCCAAAUUACAGGCCAAAGGAAAUUGCCAAUGACAUCCGACGAGAUUUUGGUAUUGAGCUGAGGUAUUCCCAGGUAUGGAGGGGGAUGGAGACUGCCAGGGAAGAACUUCAGGGUUCAUAUAAAGAAUCAUACAACCAAUUGCCUUGGUUGUGUGAUAAGAUGGUAGAGGCAAACCCCGGCAGUGUUGCAACUCUCAUCACUAGGGAUGACUUAAGCUUCCAUCGUCUAUUUGUAGCCUUGCAUGCUUCACUUUUUGGAUUUGAGCAUGGUUGUCGUCCCCUCCUUUUUCUUGACACCAUGACUUUAAAAUCAAGAUACCAAGGGGAGUUACUGACUGCCACUGCAGUGGAUGGAAAUGAGGGUAUCUUUCCUAUUGCUUUUGCCAUAGUAGAUAUUGUAAAUGAUGAUAAUUGGCAUUGGUUUUUGGUGCAAUUGAAGUCUGUAUUACCAACUUCACAACCGAUUACAUUUGUGGCAGAUAGACAGAAUGGAAUAAGAAUGUCAAUUUUGGAAAUAUUCAAUGAUUGUCACCAUGGUUAUUGUCUACAUCAUCUAACAGAGGAUUUGAAAAAGGACUUGAAGGGGCCUUUUACUCAAGAAGUUGUUCGUGUGAUUGUUGCUCAAUUUUAUGAUGCUGCCUAUGCGCCAACACUUGAGGGAUUUAAGAAGUGUACAGAGAGCAUAAAAAGCAUCUCCCCUGAAGCUUAUGAUUGGAUUGUGCAAAGUGAGCCCGAACACUGGGCAAAUGCAUUUUUUAGAGGUGCACGAUACAACCAUCUCACAUCUGACAUUGCAGAGUCAUUCUAUAGUUGGAUGUCAGAGCUACCAGGGUUACCUAUUGUCCAGAUGAUUGAUACCUUGCGCCGUAAGAUGAUGGAGCUGAUCUAUACGCGCCGGGUGGAUUCAGAUCAAUGGUCAACAAUAUUAACCCCAUCUUCGGAAGAUAAAUUAGAAAAAGAGAUUGCUAAAACCCGCUCCAUUGAGGUAUUAUUCUCACCAAGUAGCAGGUUUGAGGUCCGUGAUGAAACAGACGCAAUUAAUGUAGUCGAUAUCGAUCAUUGGGACUGUAGUUGCAGGGGAUGGCAGAUAAUUGGUUUACCGUGCGUGCAUGCUCUUGCAGUGUUUGAACGAACUGGUGGAAAUGUAUAUGAUUACUGUUCCAAAUAUUUCUUGACUGAGAUGUACCGAGUAGCUUAUUCCGAGUCCAUAAAUCCAGUUCCAACUGCAGAUAGGCCUGUUCACAGAGAAUCCUCUCCGGUGAGAGUACACCCCCCUUCUGUGCGUCGCCCAUCAGGUAGACCAAAGAAAAGGAGGAUUAGAUCAGAAGGAAUAGUUAAAAGGCCGCUCCAUUGCAGCAGGUGCAAGGGACAAGGGCAUAACAAAGCAACAUGUAGGGCACCUGAGUAGGUGCAUUACUUUUUAAUCACCAUGUAUAUCUGUAUUCUAACUGUAUUGAAUUAAACUCAGAAUAUGUCACUUAGGGAGGGGUGGAUUGGUUCGAAGGGAAGGAUUUUCUGCUAUGCGAUUACAGAAGCGCGUGCUUGCGCACACUCACACACAGAACAGAAGAAUAUUCAAAUCUGCUGUUAUUUCAACUAAGUCUGUGUGCAAAUGUUUUUGUACAAUAUUUGUUUUAUAUGUGAAAGAAUGUAAAUUAAACCCUAUUAAAUUUGGUUGGUUUCUA